CCAGUCUCGUGCACCCACAUGACUUCAAGUUGGACGUCCCACUGUGUCCCUGGCUGCCGCUUCCGUCACUUCUAUUUCGCCAAACAUCAUGGUCCUGGCACGGCCGCCUGAGGUGACGCCUGAGAAAGAACCUCGCGGACUUCCGCACAUCUACCCGUCUGGCCUAGUGUAAGCGAACGUCACUCGCUCCAAGGCUCAACCAUGGACACUCGUACAUUGACAGGUCGGUUGUCGAAUUUGCAGUCGUGUGUGCAGCCACUAAAUGCAUUUAUGCGGCUCCGUUGGCCCUACUCGUCGCCAUGGCCUGGAUACAACAUCAUGGCUUUUGGUACGUCAAUGCUGCCGUGGUCGUGGCCUACCUACCGACCUACUUCAAUGGGGCCAGCGAUAAGGUCACUCCAUCGCAAGGCGGGGUGCAAUGGGACGCCCUGCGAACCCACAGCGUGUGGCACAUCAUGCUGCGUCACUUCCGCCUGGACUGCAUACGACAUUGCCCAUUGAACCCAGCCGAACGCUGCAUCUUUGGGUUCCACUCGACUUCGGCAAAGUGUCCCCCGAGCGUUGUGCUGUGUGGUGGCAUGUGGGAACGGCUAUUCCCCCAUCACCCUGCACUGGUAUUGCUUCCGACUCCGUAUUUCUAUGUUCCUAUCCUCCGAGAAGUGUUGCUAUGGCUCGGAUGUGUGGAAGCCACUGAAACUGUAGCCCAUGAUGCAUUGAACAACGGGCUCAGUUUACUCUAUUAUCCCUUCAAUGUUCGCAUCGAAAACGAAGUGACAGUGGGUGGCGCCCCCAACGCAAUGUCAUUGGCGUUUGAUUCAGAGUCGCAGCCAUCGCUAGCCUUGGUCAAGCUAGCAAUGAUGCACGGUGUAUCUCUGAUUCCAGUGCUAGCGCUUUGUACUCCAGCAAACUCGGAACGGCGAUUGCGAUGGAUGCCACUGCUCCCAGCAUGGCUUGAGCAUGCAGUGGCGUGGAUGAGCAGUGUGGUGCUAUCCCUUGGAGCAAUCGGAACCUGCAAAUCCAAGGCUACAGUGGUGUUUGGUUCCCCCCUCCAUGUACGUAUAGCACCAGUUGGCACUCCUGGGUCAAACCAUGUUGCUUUAGGUUGAACGCAACGCUCGGCCAUCCCAUGAAGAGGUUCAGGAGGUAUAUGCCACGUACAGCCGGCACCUCCGCGACCUGUUUGCUUUGCCAUAAUUUUGAUCCAGGAACGUUCGUAGACUUCCGUGUUCCGUUUUGGACCCACUUGUUCCCUCUGUAAAUCGAUAUUUUAAGUGUGGUAUUUAUAGGAUAUUAGAGGUGCUUAAAGGCGCGAAGGAAGUACUGUAAACUUUUAUACUUUGCAAGCACAGGAAUUAAUCAUUUUACAGAG